CGUCCCUGGGGUCACGUGGUGCGCGGCACGCAGAGUCCUUCUGUCGGUUGGUCCUGGAGCGGCGCAGCAGGAGCGGGGCCGUGAGGAGAAUAAAGGCAGCCCCGUUGAUGACUGAAAAUGACAAAGCAUCCACCUAACAGACGAGGAAUCAGCUUUGAAGUGGGAGCCCAGUUGGAAGCCCGGGACCGUUUAAAAAACUGGUAUCCAGCUCACAUAGAAGACAUUGACUACGAAGAAGGAAAAGUACUCAUUCAUUUCAAGCGUUGGAACCAUCGUUACGAUGAGUGGUUCUGCUGGGAUAGUCCUUAUUUACGUCCUUUAGAAAAAAUACAGCUGAGGAAAGAGGGCUUGCAUGAAGAGGACGGAUCUUCUGAAUUUCAAAUAAACGAGCAGGUCCUUGCUUGCUGGUCUGACUGUCGUUUUUAUCCAGCCAAAGUCACUGCUGUUAACAAGGACGGUACUUACACUGUGAAAUUUUAUGAUGGAGUAGUUCAGACUGUCAAACAUAUUCAUGUCAAACCUUUUUCCAAAGAUCAGAAUAUUGUGGGUAAUGCUAGGCCUAAAGAAGCAGAUCACAAAAAUCUGUCUUCGUCUCCUGACAAACGAGAGAAGUUUAAGGAGCAGAGAAAAGCUGUGGUGAACGUGAAGAAAGACAAAGAGGACAAAGCCUUGAAGACAGAAAAGCGUUCCAGGCAGCCUGACCAAGAAGGGAAGUUAAUCUGUUCUGAAAAGGGAAAGGCGUCCGAGAGGAGCCUUCCCGAGAACGAGAAGGAGGACAAGGAGAACAUUUCCGAAAACGACAGGGAGUACUCUGGAGAUACCCAGCUGGAUAGAAAGCCCGGCAGUGACAUUGUGAAGAGUCCGCAGGAAAACUUAAGAGAGCCAAAAAGAAAACGAGGCAGACCCCCCUCCAUAGCUGCUGCUGCUGUAGAUUCAAACUCCCAGACUUUGCAACCAAUAACCUUGGAAUUGAGAAGACGGAAAAUAUCAAAAGGAAGUGAAGUUCCCUUAAAACGUCCUCGACUUGACAAAAAUUCAUCCCAGGAAAAGUCAAAAAACUAUCCGGAAAAUACUGUCAAAGACUUAUCAAGGAGACGGUCCUCCAGGCUGUGCACUGGUGCGACUCAUGAGAUUCUAGAUCCUGGCUUGGUCGCAUCAGAUUUGGUUUCUAGAGUCGACACAGAUCCUCUGCAUCCCACAUCAUCCAGGAACAAGGAAUCUGAAGAAGGUCAGUUGAAAUCUUCUUUGGAAGCUGGCCAGGUCUCAUCUGCACUAACUUGCCACUCCGUUGGGAAUGGAUUGGGGGCUGCAGGCCUGGAGUUGAACUGCAAGUCAAUGGGAGAAAACACUAUGAAAACAGAACCAACUUCUCCUCUUGCUGAAUUACAAGAGAUUUCCACUCUGGAAGUAACAAAUACAUUUAAGAAAACUGAUGAUUCUGUCACAUCUAAUGUAUCAGCUGGUGACCUAAACCACAAGUUUAGAUGCAAAGUUGUGGACUGUCUAAAAUUUUUCCGCAAAGCCAAGCUGUUGCACUAUCACAUGAAGUAUUUCCAUGGAAUGGAGAAGUCACCGGAGCCGGAGGAAAGCCCGGGAAAGAGGCAUGUGCAAACGAGGGGCUCUGCGGCUUUGGACAAGUGCAGCCAGGAGAACCUGACCAGGAAGAGGGUCUCUGCCAGUUCCCCAACUGUAAAAGACAAGGAAAAGAAUAAAGAGAAGAAGUUCAAAGAGUUUGUGAGAGUGAAGCCAAAGAAGAAGAAGAAAAAGAAAAAGAAAGUCAAACCUGAAUGCCCCUGCAAUGAGGAGAUCAGUGACACCUCCCAGGAUCCUUCUCCACCCAAGGCAUUUGCUGUCACCAGGUGCGGGUCCUCACACAAGCCUGGCGUCCACAUGAGCCCUCAGCUUCAUGGCUCAGAGUCUGGAAACCACAAAGGGAAAGUGAAAGCAUCUGAGGAGGAUAAUCUGAGUGAGUCGUCUUCUGAGAGCUUUCUUUGGAGCGAUGAGGAGUACGGCCAGGAUGUCGAUGUGACCACCAACCCGGACGAGGAACUCGAUGGGGAUGACCGCUACGAUUUUGAAGUGGUCCGCUGCAUCUGUGAAGUCCAGGAAGAGAAUGACUUCAUGAUUCAGUGUGAAGAGUGCCAGUGCUGGCAGCAUGGGGUCUGCAUGGGAUUACUGGAAGAAAAUGUGCCCGAGAAAUACACCUGUUAUGUUUGCCAAGACCCUCCAGGUCAGAGGCCUGGCUUCAAGUACUGGUAUGACAAGGAGUGGUUGAGCAGGGGACACAUGCAUGGCCUGGCAUUUCUAGAAGAAAACUACUCUCAUCAGAAUGCCAAGAAAAUUGUGGCCACCCACCAGCUUCUUGGCGAUGUGCAGAGAGUGAUCGAGGUUCUGCACGGCCUGCAGCUCAAGAUGAGCAUCUUGCAAAGCAGGGAGCACCCUGAUCUGCAGCUGUGGUGCCAGCCUUGGAAACAGCACUCUGGGGAGGGGAGAGUUCAGUCCACGCACAUCCGCAUCAUGGACACCAGGAGCAGGGAAGAGGCCCCCAGCUAUAGAACUUUGAACGGGGCAGUGGAGAAGCCCCUGCCCCGCUCCAUGGAGGAGUCAUAUAUCACCAGCGAGCACUGCUACCAGAAACCCCGCGCCUACUACCCUGCUGUGGAACAGAAGCUGGUGGUGGAGACGCGGGGCUCUGCCCUGGACGAUGCAGUCAACCCACUCCACGAGAACGGCGACGACUCCCUCUCCCCUCGUCUGGGCUGGCCUCUAGACCAAGACAGGAGCAGGGGUGACGGUGACCCCAAACCCAGCUCCCCAAAGGUGAGGGAAUAUGUCUCCAAAAGUGUCCUCCCGGAAGAAGCCCCUGCUCGGAAGCUGCUGGACAGAGGUGGAGAGGGGCUGCUGAGCUCCCAGCACCAGUGGCAGUUUAACCUGCUGACCCACGUGGAGUCCCUGCAGGAUGAGGUCACACACCGGAUGGACUCCAUAGAGAAGGAGCUGGAUGUGUUGGAGAGCUGGCUGGACUAUACCGGGGAACUGGAGCCCCCAGAGCCGCUGGCCAGGCUGCCACAACUCAAGCACUGCAUCAAGCAGCUACUUACAGACCUGGGCAAGGUGCAGCAGAUUGCCCUCUGCUGCUCUACAUGAACCUGGGUACCCAGAACUAAUGGGGGCACCACCUUGGGGCACCUGCAAGAGGAGCUUCACGUAUUUAAAUGAACAAACCUAGCAUGCCGAAUGCACGUGACACCAACUGACUUCAGGGAUCCAGCCAGGAAUGUGAGGAGUGUUGGACAGAGAGGCCAUUUCUGGCUGCUGGAGGACAGGGCACUCUGAUCUUGAAGCCUGCCAAGAAGCUGGCAGAUAGACUCUUUGGGAUUCCCUUCUUCUGUGCACAUCGUUGAAUGAAGAAGAGUCAUUUUGCACAAACUUCACUUGAAAUCGUGCCACUGAUGAUAAAUGGAAUGAGAGCCAAAAAAGUUUAUUUGGGGACAGUUGUAAAUUCUACUUGCAGUUUAUUUAAUUGACUUCUGUCAGGUUGGGGUAUGCCAACCCUGCUGGUUUCUGCCUGGCAUGGUGUUUAGGCAGCAGGCAUCAUUUCAUUUUCCAGCCUGGCGGGAAGGUUGGGACUUCACCGUUCAGUGGUGGCUGGGAAGCAGCAGAGGCCGUGGCUGCAGUGCUUUUCCAGUAGGACGCUUCACUUUCCUCACAUCGUUUGCAUGACUUCCUGGUACCCGGGACAAGUUCUGUAUAACCUCACCCCAGAGUUGGCGUUUGUAGCAGAACCCUACAGCCCUUGGAGGAACUAGAAUCUCACUGUAUUAACAAUCUAGGAGGAAUUCCAAACUGAAACAGGCAGAGUCUGGAACCCAAAGGGGACGGCAUUUUCUACCCAUGUCUCAACAUUGACAGCUUCCUGGUCCUAUUUAAUGUCCAAAAAAUGUUUCCCAAAAUUCUGAACUUUCACUGUAAAGAUUUGUUACGAGGAAUGUGGUUUGGGGAUGUUUCCUUAUUAUUUUAUACUGUUGUAAACAAACUUCAGAUGUGACAUGUGCCGCUUUUCUCCUCCCCUGAAGGGUGUGUCCAAUAGUCCGCAUCUUCAGAAUUGUCUUGUUAAUAUAACACUUCAAGUUCCAGGUAUUAUUUUGUGAGAUCAAGGUAAUUAUGCUGCUUAAGGUCCAGGUACAACCCAUUUGUACCUUUGAGACAUUAUUUGUGUUAUUUUUGCAGGUUACGGUUCCACAUGUAAUUGCUAUAUUUUGUUUUUCCUUACUAGGCAAAGUUAAAGAAAAUGUUCUAUGCUUUGAGGAGUAACCCAUUUUCACUAGUUUUCUUAUCACUAAAGGCAAAAAUCAAAGCACAGUUGUCCAUUUACUCUCACAAUUAUGGGUUUAUGAAUCUAUAAUGUUAUGUGCUGCAACUAUUUACUAUGUAAACGUGAAGUAGCCAGAAUCUCCAUAGCAGUAACUCCAGAGCCCUUUGGAAUGGUUAGGCUUUAAGGCGCAGGUUGCUGUGGUCAUGAAUUCAGGCCUCUACGAAGGAAGACCUGUUUCAGGGAACGCUCUAGUAAUGUUCACCAUUUGAUAUAAAGUGAAUUCGAGGCCAGGUAUAAGUUGACCUGUUGUAGCUUAUCCAUCAGAGGGAACACAUGUGGCUGUGCAUAGGUAGUGAAGCUGACAAUCCCCCUGUCAGAUGCUGUUUCCCACUGCCGACAUUGGUGUUUCUGAUGUGGGAAAAAAUGCUGAAGGCGUGUGCACAGCAUCAGUGUUUUGGACAGUUUACCAGACAGCUGUGUAAGCACUGUGUGAUGUUGGACUAAAAAGGGAACAGGAUGAUUUUCUGUAGCCACACUGUGAGGCAUGAUGAUGUUGUAUUAUAUUACUGAUUUUUUUUCUUCUGGAAAUACAUUUAAGUAUUACAUCUAGGGAAACUGUUAAGACAGCCAAUUUUGUGUCUUGUUCAAAGAAGUAGAAACAAUUACCAUUUUGCCAAGUGGCUAUUAUUAGGUUUAUUAAUAAGUUUUAUAAAAGAAAUAAUCCAUUUCACUCAUUUUGACUUUUGUUCUUAGGGAAGCAGGGAUGACUCCUCAAGUUCUGAGAAACCUCAGUGUGUUUCCCUAACUUAAAGCCAUGUUGAGGGGCUCCAUUCCCAGUUUCUGGGUCAAGCUGAAUUAACCCCUAAGUUGGAGCACUGGAAACUUACUCAAACCUUGCUGUUACCAUUUAGAAAUAAGUGCACUACCUAAGUUUGGUUUUUUGAGAAAAGCUAUCCACCUGUAAGAAACUGCCUUGAUAAGAACAGUUCUGAUUUGACUAAUUUUAAGUGAUAAGAAUAUGCAAGGUGGGUCCUUGAUGAGCCAACAUUGCACUGUGGAUAUAUAUCUAUGUUUACGCGCUAUUAGAACAGAAGGCGCUGUAUAUAGAAAUGUUGCUUUGAAGCAAUAUUUGCAAAACAUGCAAACUUCUGUAUCUGUAUUUGGAAAAAAUAAAACAGGUUCUUGUUGCUGUGUUUCUAUUA